AUGUCUUUAUCAUCUCCUUUGUCUCUUUCUCAACUUCGUGUUAAUUUUGGCACGUAUGAUUUUAAUUGUCAAGAAUUUGAUCAAUUAAUUCAAACAUAUUUUAAAGAUGAGAUAACUUGUCCUUUUACACAUAUUGUCUAUCAAUAUGAAAGAAAUUAUAAUGUUUCUCAAGAGCGAGAUU